UUGGAUAAUCACCCAAUUGGAUAGAUAUAUAAAAUGGAUAGAAUUUGCCUAUUCGAAGAAUAUAGAUUAGUGGAACGAGGAGAAAACGAAGUAAAUGGAGCUUGGAAAGGCGCUCAUCUCCUUCUGUUCUUCAUGGCCUUCGUGUUCGGUUCCUUCUGCACUUUCUGUUUCCAUAUGCUGAUGUACCUUUUUGAUGAGAAGUGUGUACUUUUUCCUAAAUUGCAAUCACUGACAUCACUAUCCCACAAUGUCAUAUACGAGUUCAUACCCAUGGAUAAGGAAACAGCCAACUUGCUGCCAGUGGAUUUCCUAAACACUCAAUGGAUGGAAAAGAGUGCUUGCUAUCUACCAACUUAUGUGCCUCUGGUGUCCGGUAUCUUCGGACUUGUGUGGACCACUAUGUUUCUUAUGUGUUCUACAGGUAGCAGGACGUUGACAGGAUUGCAGCGUCCUUGGCGGAUAUUACUACCUGUAUUUGUAUUCUCCUUGGCAAUGGGGGGACUCUGCGUUUAUUCGUCUGCUGUUACCCACUACGGCUUGCAAGAGUUAUGCCACAAAUUAAGCGAGAUCACUGGUAGCCCUACCUGCACAUACACCGUUAAUGUUGCUACGCUGGCGUACGAAAGGCGUAUUCGAGGUGUGUACCAGGCUACUAGGCUGACGAUCCUAUCGGCUUGGUUACAUACCGCCUGUUGGUUGCUAUCUGCACUACUGACUCUGGCUCGAGUGCUGUUGGUAGUAGACUUCCAGCUGGUGCGAGUAAACGUAGAACUUGUUGGGAACGUUGAUAGAAUACUGGAACGUUAUGAAAAACCAAUUCAUAUAAUAUCGCCAGAAGAUUGGUUCAACACUGAAAACGAUUCUCAAAAGUCAUUGCCAAUUCGAUUACAGAGCAAAGUACAAUUCCAAGAUACUACAGGUACAGAUAAAGAUAUAUUUGUAGACGACAUUAAAGAACUUUACAAGGCAGAAAGUGAUAUUUUGGAUACUAAACGAAAGAAAUCAGAACUUUCAUUGUUACCGGAAGAGCGGUAUAAAAUAGCCAAGAUACUUGCUUACAAAUAUGUACCAAAACAAUAUAAGUUUAUUGUAAAAAUACUAUAUGACCUUGUUGAAAAUAUAAAUUUGUCCGAAAUUGAUAGCGAAUCGCCUUCAAGUAUUUACGAGCGACCCAGUGAAAUAUUAACUAUUACACGUCAGUAUGGACAAGAGAAAAUAUCAUCAAAGGUUCAGUAUGAACCGCGAUCUAGUAAGUCUGAUGAAGUUACUUCUAUAGAUGACCACGACACUGAAAUUUCAAUGGAAAUAAAAACAAACUUGAUAGAAGAAAAAUUACAUAAGCAAUUACUUGAGCUACCUAUGUUGCCUAGUUCUUCCAAGUCUGGAACUAGGAUGUCACUACAGGUAAAAAACAAAGAAAAAAUUUUUUUUGAAUCUACCUUGAAUAUUACGGAUGAUCUGAAAAAAACUAUUAAAGCUAAUUUAACCCAAUUAGAACAGGAACACCCAGCUCGAAUGAGUACUGAAUCAAUAAAAAUGACUAAAAAGUCUAAUCUUAAACAAAUAAGUGUUCAAACCAAUAAGAUAAAAAAGAGUUCUACCAAAGCUCAAAAAGUGUAUAUAGCGGAGUCUACAAGUGUUACUGAAGAAAAAGACCAAGAAACUCAAUGCCCUAUUACUGAGGAAGAAUCGGACAACGAAACAGUUACUCUGUCUAAAAUAAAACAACCUGAGGAAAUCGAUCAAGCAACGCAAACUUUAAAAAAAGAAAAACAAGAUUAGUAUAUACCACAUGUUAGGUACUCGUAUCUUAUCAUAUCGAUCGUCACAUAUAUUAGUGAAGACUCUUAUAAUAAGUAAGUACUUUUUUGUUCGGUAUAAAUUUGUUUGUUUUUAUUUAGUGUUUAAUUAUUUGAUAAUACCACAGAUAAGGUAAUAUUACAUAGUUGAUACCAUACUUUAAAUUACUUUAUUA